GGCCUGCCGACUAAGGCAGCCGGGAGCGGGGCGGGACGCCUGCAGGCCGGCCCGGUGCCGCCCCUCGCUUCCUCCUCCCUCGGCGCCAUGGCCGCCCCCAUGCUCAGGCGAGGCGUGCUCUGGAGCGGGAGGGCCUUCGGCGCCGCGGCAGGUAGAAGAUCUCUUCUUUCUGUGGCCUAUGUGGACAGCACAAAAUGGGAAAAGAGACAAAAAGAGAAGCAUAGCCUGGCUGACUUAGCCCACUUAAUGGACAGAACCUAUGAAAGAAAGCUGCCUGUCAGCUCUUUGACAAUAGCCCGGUUUGUUGACAACAUUUCUUCACGAGAGGAAGUGGAUCAAGCUGAAUAUUACCUUUACAAGUUUCGGCAUAGUCCAAAUUGCUGGUACUUGAGAGACUGGACCAUCCACAGCUGGAUCAGACAGUGCUUAAAACAUGGUGCACAAGACAAAGCUUUAUACACAUUGAAAAACAAGGUUCAGUAUGGAAUUUUCCCAGAUAAUUUUACAUUCAAUAUUUUGUUGGAUUGUUUUAUAAAGCAGAAGAAAUAUGAAGAUGCUAUGUCAGUAGUAACAGAGAUCAUGCUGCAAGAAAGUUUUGAUGAAUUUUCAACACAGCUUCUUUCUCUUUAUGUUUUGUACCAGUAUCUGGCAACCAAAUCUGAACGUACGUGGGAAGAGGAGAGAAAUCUUGGAGCAUCACUCGUGCUUACAGGUCUAAAGCAAACAAACACUGUGGGGUUUAGCUCCCAGCUGUAUGGCUAUGCAUUCCUUGGAAAAGUGGAGUUGAAUAAAGGGCUAAGAGCUGUAUACAAUCUAAUGCCACUCAUGUGGACACCUGGAUACUUGAAUAGAGCCUUGCAAGUGAUGGAGAAUGUGGCUUCAUUGUCAGGGGACAGCAAAAUCUGCAAAGAAGCUAUUGAUGCUCUGGAGACCAUUUUGCGGUCUGUCCUUGAAGCAAAACCUGGUCCAGAAUCGGCUGAAGAAGUCAAGGAAUUAGAGCAGAAGUCACAGGGUGCAGAAUCAGAAGAAACAGAGCAGUCUGAAGCACCCAAGUACUACAGCCGAUUCAAGGAGCUGUACUCUAAGCUGCAUUCACUUGGCAAGGUUGAAUCUGAAAGCUUGUUAACCCUGACCACCCAACUUGUCAAGGAAAAGCUGCCAGCAUGUGAAGUGGAAGACAUUGCAAAACAUGAGCAGAAGCUAAAGGAGUGGGAGCAAGAACAAGCGCUUCUCAUUGAGAGAGAGAGAGAGAUGAGAGAAAAGGCCAAGCAGGAAAUGGAAGCUAGGAAGCUAGCAGAAGCAUCUGCUUAGUACUGGAACUCAAAGACUGCCACAGUGGUAUGCAUUCCUCUGUCAGUGAACCGAAGUGCUCGCCAUUAUUAAUAUUUCACUUCAAUCCUGCUGCAAGUGUGACUGUAUGUGACUGCUAUGUGCAAAUUAAACUUUUACCAUUUUGCCUGUU